GCGUGGCCCAGCGGGGACUCGCGGCCGCAAGCCCAAGCUCACGGCCGUCAAGCUCCGCGCCUUGAACAACGCGCGGGUUCGUUUGAUUCGGGCGGCCAAGGGCGAGGCCGAGGUUCACCUCAAGGACGUGAUGAAGGCCGCGCGGGUCUCCGACGUCCACAAGGGCACGGCCUCCAGGCACUUCAAGCGCCUCGGGGUCACCUGGCGCGCUCCCCGCGCGGAGCCGCUCCGCGGCUCCGAGGAGGCGGAGGAGCGCGUGGCCGUGUGUUCGGGGUGGAAGCGGCUCCCGGGCAACUAUUUCACGCACCAGGUCGAUGCCAUCAUCGACAAUAAGGUGUUCCCCAUCCCCAUGACCAAGCGGGCGAAGACGCACGCAAAGAAGAGUCGCGUUCGCGGCCACCUUCGCACCAAGGCAGAGAGGGUCCUCAAGCCUUUCACGAAGCCGAAGGGGAACCAGAACAGGGUGAACCCAGGCGCCAAGGUCCAAGGUUCACGUGGCCGCAGCCAUCGUGAACAACAAGGUCCGCGUCUGGCACUACCUGCCCACCCUGUGGUGCGCCGACGCAGCCUGCGAUUUCUACGCGGGCGUCCUCGCUCCCGCGCUUCGCCGUUGCCGGAAGGGGCGCCGCGCCUUCCGCAUCCUGGAGGAUAA